UCUCUCCAUCAAACUCCAGUUCAUCCCUAAACUUCUCCUUGCACCCCACUCUCCACCUGUCCCUCUCCUGUCCCCCCUUCCCUCCCAGCAAACUCCCACCAUGGAUUCUGGGCCGCGCUGGGCUGCCGACCCCAUUCCCGGGGGCACUCUCUCGGCCCCCAAUGCCACCACACCCUGGCUGGGCCGGGAUGAGGAGCUGGCCAAGGUGGAGAUCGGGGUCCUGGCCGUGGUCCUGGUGCUGGCGACGGGGGGCAACCUGACCGUGCUGCUGACCCUGGGCCAGCAGGGCCGCCAGCGCGCCCGCAUGCACCUGUUUGUGCGGCACUUGGCCCUGACCGACCUGGGCAUGGCGGUCUUCCAGGUGCUGCCCCAGCUGCUAUGGGACAUCACCUACCGCUUCCAGGGCCCCGACCUCGUCUGCCGGGCCGUCAAGUACCUGCAGGCGCUCAGCAUGUUCGCUUCCACCUACAUGCUGCUGGCCAUGACCCUGGACCGCUACCUGGCCGUGUGUCACCCCCUGCGCAGCCUCCAGCAGCCCAGCCAGUCUGCCUACCCGCUCCUCGCCGCUCCCUGGCUGUUGGCCGCCAUCCUCAGCCUCCCUCAAGUCUUCAUUUUUUCUCUGCGGGAAGUAACCCAGGGCUCGGGGGUGCUGGACUGCUGGGCAGACUUUCGUUUCUCUUGGGGGCCACGGGCCUACAUCACCUGGACUGCCUUGGCCAUCUUCAUCCUGCCCGUGGCCAUGCUCACAGCCUGCUACAGCCUCAUCUGCUACGAGAUUUGUAAGAACCUAAAAGUCAAGACACAGACCUGGAGGGUGGGAGGAGGGGGCAGCAGGACGCGGGACAGGGCCUCGCCUUCGGGCCCAGCUGCAGCCACCAGGGGGCUGCCCUCUCGGGUCAGCAGUAUCAGCACUAUCUCUCGGGCCAAGAUCAGAACCGUGAAGAUGACCUUCAUCAUUGUGCUGGCCUACAUCUCCUGCUGGGCCCCCUUUUUCAGCGUCCAGAUGUGGACUGUGUGGGACAAGAACGCCCCGAAUGAAGAUUCCACCAAUGUGGCUUUCACCAUCUCCAUGCUGCUGGGCAACCUCAGCAGCUGCUGCAACCCCUGGAUCUACAUGGGCUUCAACAGCCACCUGUGGCCGCACCCCCUCCGCCAUCUGGCCUGCUGUGGGGGUCCUCGGCCCCAGAUGCGCAGGCAGCUCUCCCACGGCAGCUUCUCCAGCCGCCGCACCACGCUGCUGCUGACCCGCUCCAGCUGCCCGCCCGCCCUCGGUGGGAGGCCUGGGCCUGAAGGGCCACUGAAGGGCUCAGAGCAGGUGGACGGGGAAGGCAUCACUGAGAUGGACAUCUUUUAG